AUGACAAGGUUCAUGAACAGCUUUGCCAAACAAACGCUGGGAUAUGGCAAUAUGGCGACAGUGGAGCAAGAGAGCUCAGCUCAGGCUGUUGAUUCUCAUUCAAACAACACACCGAAGCAAGCUAAGGGUGUUCUUGCAGAGGAACUAAAGGAUGCAUUGCGGUUCCGGGACGAAAGAGUUAGUAUUAUUAAUGCAGAGCCUUCUUCAACACUGUUCGUCUUUUGGUUUGUGGUUUCAUGCUAUUUCCCUGUGAUUACUGCCUGCUUGGGUCCCGUAGCUAACACUAUCUCGAUAGCCUGUGUAGUUGAAAAAUGGAGAUCCUUAAAGAACAACUCCGUGGUGACAAAUCCACGAAGCAAUGACACCGAUGUUUUGAUGAAUCAAGUAAAGACAGUUUUUGAUCCUCCUGGUAUUUUUGCCGUUAAUAUCAUCUCUUUGGUACUGGGUUUUACGUCAAAUAUUAUACUAAUGCUACAUUUCAGUAAGAAGUUGACGUAUCUUAAAUCUCAGUUAAUAAAUAUAACAGGAUGGACAAUAGCUGGAGGGAUGCUUUUGGUGGACGUGAUUGUAUGCUCCUUGAAUGACAUGCCCAGCAUCUACAGUAAGACUAUCGGAUUUUGGUUUGCCUGUAUCAGUUCUGGUCUAUAUUUGGUAUGCACCAUUAUUUUAACAAUACAUUUUAUUGGAUAUAAAUUAGGAAAAUAUCCUCCAACGUUCAACCUUUUGCCCAAUGAAAGAAGUAUCAUGGCAUACACUGUACUAUUGUCUUUAUGGUUGAUUUGGGGUGCGGGUAUGUUUAGCGGUUUAUUGCACAUCACUUACGGAAAUGCAUUAUAUUUCUGCACGGUAUCAUUAUUAACCGUGGGACUAGGUGACAUCCUGCCCAAGUCGGUUGGCGCCAAAAUCAUGGUUUUAAUCUUUUCGCUAUCUGGUGUUGUCUUGAUGGGUUUAAUAGUGUUUAUGACAAGAUCCAUCAUUCAAAAGUCCUCUGGCCCAAUUUUCUUUUUCCACAGAGUUGAAAAAGGCAGGUCCAAAUCGUGGAAACAUUAUAUGGAUAGUAGUAAAAAUUUAUCUGAAAGGGAAGCGUUCGACUUAAUGAAGUGUAUCCGACAAACGGCCUCAAGGAAGCAGCAUUGGUUUUCUUUGUCGGUGACUAUUGCAAUUUUCAUGGCUUUUUGGUUAUUGGGAGCUCUUGUAUUCAAAUUCGCAGAAAAUUGGUCGUACUUCAAUUGUAUUUACUUUUGUUUCUUGUGCUUAUUAACCAUUGGAUACGGAGACUAUGCUCCAAGGACUGGUGCAGGCCGUGCUUUUUUUGUGAUUUGGGCGUUGGGAGCCGUGCCAUUAAUGGGGGCUAUCCUAUCUACAGUCGGUGAUCUGUUGUUUGACAUUUCCACUUCUCUGGAUAUUAAGAUCGGUGAAUCAUUCAAUAAUAAAGUCAAGUCCAUCGUUUUUAAUGGGCGUCAAAGAGCACUUUCCUUUAUGGUGAACACUGGAGAAAUUUUCGAAGAAUCUGACACAGCUGAUGGUGAUCUGGAAGAAAAUACAACGAGCUCACAAUCCAGUCAAAUUUCUGAAUUCAACGAUAAUAAUUCAGAAGAGAAUGAUUCUGGAGUGACAUCCCCUCCUGCAAGCCUGCAAGAAUCAUUUUCUUCAUUAUCAAAAGCAUCUAGCCCAGAGGGAAUACUUCCUCUAGAAUAUGUUUCUUCUGCUGAAUAUGCACUACAGGACUCGGGGACCUGUAAUUUAAGGAACUUGCAAGAGCUACUUAAAGCCGUCAAAAAACUACAUCGGAUAUGUCUGGCGGAUAAAGAUUACACACUUAGUUUUUCCGACUGGUCGUACAUUCAUAAACUACAUUUGAGGAACAUUACAGAUAUUGAGGAGUACACACGCGGACCCGAAUUUUGGAUAUCACCUGAUACGCCCCUCAAGUUCCCGUUAAAUGAACCUCAUUUUGCUUUUAUGAUGCUUUUCAAGAACAUAGAAGAAUUAGUUGGUAAUCUAGUAGAAGACGAAGAGCUUUAUAAAGUUAUAAGCAAAAGAAAAUUUUUGGGUGAGCAUAGAAAGACACUUUGA